AUGGUAGCAUGUUUUUUGUUCCUGGCGCUGGUACCUUCACACAUGGCCUCGCUAGCUCAGAUUGCAUACACAGCAGCAAUCGCAUUCAGUGGACUGAACUGUGUUGGAGUUAUCAAAAGCGGGCAGCUGGUUGCUCGACAACAUACGCACUUUGUCAUGUCUGUAUUGUCAAUUAUCAGCUGUUCGGUGAUCCUUAUCCUCCCGCUGCUUGUCUCACUUCUUGCACCAGACAACACCAGUCAACAAUGGUCAGUAAUAUUCUACAUAAUCAUCGCCCUGAUGGUUCUCAGCAACGGCUUCUUCUUUUUCGUUGGUGAAGCAUCUCCUGCACCAUGGACCAAAACGAACAGUCAGCAAGUUUACACAACCGAUAUUGACGACGUCCCAACCAACAAUGAUAAAUAUGAUGCGAAAUUUUAG